AUGGGGAUAAUCACACGUAAAAGCACUGAUAUGAUAAAAGUUCAAUUUAGACUUCACAUGUGGACUUUAAUUGACACUAAAAGAACACUUCCAGUUGGUAACAAGCUUUACCUGAAUCAGGACAGUGGAUGGCAGGACAGCCUACAUGUAUAUGUUUUUGACACAGAGAACAAUACAUGGUACGAGUUAGAGGGUGAAGGUAACAAACCAAGUGCAAGAGACAAGUUACAGGGAUCUGUAGUGGACUCGUGUAUAUACUAUAUUGGAGGGUUUGGACCACAAUUUACAGGAGAUGAGGAAGACUGGGAAAAUUAUGACAGUUUGAAGACCUGGAGAAAGUUGUCAUGUUUGUCUUGUCCAGUACAACAGCUGAAGUACAGUCUGAAGUGUGACAGCAAGUUCUGUACUGCUACAAGUAAAUGGUCACAACCAAUGCAGAUGAAUCUUGGUGUGCCAACAGCACGUGCAGCACAUGGUAUGUGCACAGUGGGGCAUGACCUUGUUAUAUUUGGAGGUAGAGAUACAGAGAAACGGACGAAUGAUCUUCAUAUUUUCAAUGUUGAUACAAGAAAAUGGGAUCUAGAGAUGGAGGUGAAAGGUCAGUGGCCGGCUGCAAGGUCAUUUCACACAGCAACAGGUGUUGGUAAAAGAGUGGUUGUUAUGGGAGGCAGGGGACAGGAUAAUAACCAUCUUGCUGACUUUCAUAUAUUUGAUACUGAAACUAAGGAAUGGCUACAACCCAAUGUGUCUGGGGAUAUACCAGAAGCAAGGGGGCAGCACUCUGUUGCAGUUGUUGGAGACCAGCUGGUACUGUAUGGUGGAUCCUCAAAAUUUAGUCCAGAAAUAAUGAUGUGCCAAAAUUUCCAUGGAGAUACUUAUGUUUUACAAAUAGCUGAUGUAUUGAAAGGCAAGGCAGAGACAGUAGAUACUAAUGGUACAGGCUCCUGAUACCAACACUGAUUGUAGUACUCUCAUGCCAAGACCAUUCAUAAAGCAAUAAAGAUACCUUUACUUGUGAGAUUUUUAA